AGAAAUAGAGCUGGAGAGAGCUCUCCUCUCCCUCUCUCUCUCUCCAUCCAUCGCAUUUUCUUCGCCCUUCCAGCUCCAUCGUUGAGCUCUUCUAAGUCCUAAUAGUCUCUGGGCUUUGUCGAAUUCGAAGAGCGACGAGCUGGUGAAUGCUUUACUCCUCCUUGUGAGCUCAGCCCAUGGCCGCCGCAGAUGGAGAGCCCCAAGCGGCCACGAAGGAAGCUGAGAAACCGAAGAUUGAGCCGUUGAGGCUCCCAACGCCUGAGGAGAUCCGAGGCCAAGACAUCUGGAACAACUGCGCCGUCCGUAGCGUCGUUAGUGGAAUCAUGGGCGGUGGUCUUGGUCUAGCCAUGGGCUUGUUCCUCGGGGCUCUGGAUAAUCCUCUUAUGCAGGAGGAAAUGUCAACAAAGCAGAAAGUUAUAUACACAGCAAAGGAUAUGGGCAGGAGAAGUUUAAGAUCUGCAAAGACAUUUGCAGUUAUGGGCCUGAUCUUCUCAGCUGCUGAAUGUGUUGUGGAGAAGGCUCGAGCAAAGCAUGACACCACAAAUACAGUUGUCGCUGGCUGUGUUACAGGAGGGGCUAUAUCUGCAAAAGGUGGUCCAAAGGCUGCAUGUGCAGGCUGUGCAGGUUUUGCGGCAUUCUCAGUCCUGAUUGAGAAGUUAUUUGAUCGGCAUGAUUAAUAUAUUAGUAGUAGUAUAUUUAACAUUCAACUCCAUACGCAGUUUUUCCUCUCAGUUCAGUAUAUUGAUUUCGGAUGGACUUUCUGUCGUCCGAUUUUGGAAUUCAUCUUAAUCCUGAUAUCCAGUUAACCGGGAAUGUAAUUUUUGGGUUUCAUCCCACCAGUAUUGAGAUGUUUCAAGCAAUUUUGAUAUUUACAUGAUGCUCGUGAUUCCUUUACACCUGUAAAAGUGAGGGUGAUAGCUUUCUCUGACUGGAUAGAAAUAAUCAAGGAAAAGAUACGCACCGAAACAAAAUUCAUUUAUGAUGUCUAUUUUGCCUUAGUGCUGGCUAUCAAUAAUAAUGUCGUGUUUCGCUUUCUUUUGAA